AAAAUUAUUGAGAUUGAGUCACCUCUAACAUUUAUUAUUACUAUCGUAACAACCACCUUGUAAUUCUUCCAAAAAUGGCGUCCGAUUUACCGUCUGAGAUUCUUCAAGCGCUCUCCAAAAAUGACAAUAUCCUUUCCUCGGAAGCAUUUCCUUCUCAAAAGUCCACCGACAUCAAAGGUGCUUUGGACAGACUUGGUUCAAGGUCUAUGAUCACAUACGAAACAAUAGAUCGCGAAGAAGUUAUACUGGAAGCAGAGGCUGAAGAAAUUGCCAACAAUGGCAGUCACGAGGCACGAGUAUUUGAGGCUCUACAAAAAGCAAUGGAUGGGCUCACAGUUUCCGAAUUAGAAGCUGCUGUGGGAGAUAAGAACGUUGUCAAGGUUGGUCAAGGUAAAGCAUUCAAGUCGAAAUGGAUUGCGAAAGGUAAAGAUGGAAAGCUGGUAGCAUCAACCGAUUCCAUCCAGGACACAACUCGAGAACAGCUCCAAAUUAUCCAAAAGACUCGUGCGCAUCCAGAUCCAAAAGUUAUCACAGAGCUCAAGAAACGUAAGCUGGUAAAGAUGCAGAAGGUUACUAGUUAUAAGAUCUCGAAAGGACCCAAAUUCGCCCUGGAAAUGGUUAAGGAAGAGACAGAUUUGACAGCGGACAUGCUUGCAUCGGGUGCCUGGAAAACUGCCGCUUUCAAACCAUAUAACUUCAAAUCUCUUGGAGCAGACCAAAACUCUGGUGCAUUACAUCCUUUAAAUAAAGUACGACAUGAAUUCUGCCAAAUCUUCUUCGAAAUGGGUUUUGAGGAAAUGCCCACUAAUAACUUCGUUGAAACCGGAUUCUGGAAUUUCGACGCUCUCUUUGUUCCACAACAACAUCCUGCGAGAGAUUUACAAGAUACUUUCUAUAUUUCGGAUCCUAAAACUGCAGACAAACCACGCGCAGUAGAUGGGGAGGAUAAAGCUGACUAUGAGGCAUUGUGGAAGAAUGUACAAGAAGUUCACCAAGAAGGAAAAUAUGGAUCAAUUGGUUACAGAUAUCCUUGGGCUGCGGAUGAAUCUUUGCGAUUGGUUCUCAGAACUCAUACGACUGCGACCUCGACAGCAAUGCUGCACAAAUUAGCCCAACAAAAGGGACCCGAUGGACGACCACCGCCAGCAAGAUACUUCUCCAUCGAUCGUGUGUUCCGUAAUGAGACUGUUGAUGCUACCCAUCUCGCUGAGUUCCACCAAGUCGAGGGUGUUAUUGCAGAUUAUGGAUUGUCCCUGGGAGGUCUUAUGGAAUUCAUGGAGGUCUUCUUCAACAAGAUGGGCCUGGAAGACUUGCGUUUCAAGCCAGCUUAUAAUCCUUACACCGAGCCAAGUAUGGAGAUAUUCAGUUACCACAAGGGUCUCGGCAAACUGGUUGAAAUCGGAAACAGUGGAAUGUUCAGGCCAGAAAUGUUGGAGGCAGUGGGUUUACCAAAAGAUAUGAAAGUCUUUGGUUGGGGAUUAAGUUUGGAGCGUCCAACUAUGAUUAAAUAUAAGGUGAACAAUAUCAGAGAAUUGUUAGGUCACAAGGUUGAUUUGAAUUUCAUCGAGAGAAAUCCAGCUGUCAGACUAGACAAGUCAUAAGGGAUUAGAUAGGUCUAUAAAAAUAAAUGGUUGCACAGUUAAAAGACAAUUGAUACCCAUGAAUUCCUCUUAUCAUAAGCAUUGUGUAGGGAUUCAAGGUAUAAUGGCUUAAAAAUAAUGAUCAAAACGGAUUGAUGAUGGGUAUCAUACUACAGUUAAAGAGUUCAUGAUAUACAUUAAUGAUCGCUAAUCAUGAUCUUCCUCCGUUAAACCUGGACAGCCAUCCAUUGAAUCGUCGGGAUAUGUGUAUUUGCAAAAGAAGCAGUAAUUGUACUGCGACCUCAAAUGUUCAACAAUCUUUUGCAGUCUCUCAGCCGGUUCCAGUAGAUUGAAAGCAUCAAGCUCAGGGUCCUCUUCUUCCAAAUCCUCCACAAGAGUAUGCUGGAUCCUGUCCUUCCCGAGUGCUCUCUUAUCAUCCUUGUCUUCGUCCGCAUCAUCGUAGGUCGGUAAGCGUGAUAAACUUUGUUGUAGAUCAUAUCUCAUCCUUCUAUCCCUUUCCUUUUCUUCGCGCUUCCGAACCAAUCCUCUCCAUAAAAUAUUGAUCUGCUUCAACGGUUUGGUCGAUACUUUGCGUUUCAAUUCGUCUUUAGUUUCCCCAGAUCCCUCGCUCGCAUUCUCAACCGCAUUCUCCAAUUCCCCUUCCUCUCUUUCCCCAUGCAUCCUCUCCGCAACCCUCAUCGCCGCGCCAACCAUCCCUU